CACAUAACACAUCAAGUGAAUUGAGAUAUAUUAAGUUUAUAUUCAUCAUCACUAUUUGAGCCAUGGAGAAGAAAGCAGUAGCUGCCUUGUCCUUCCUCUUCCUCUUUCUCUUUGUUGCACAAGAAAUUACGGUGAUUGAGGCAAAAACUUGUGAGAAUUUGUCCGCCAAAUACAAGGGACCAUGCUUCACAAAUGGAAGCUGUGACGAUCAUUGCAAAAACAAAGAGAAGGUAAUUAGUGGCAGGUGCAGGGAUGAUUUUCGCUGCUGGUGCGUUUAUAAAAACUGUUGAAUGCCUUUUCUCCAACACGCAGCAGGAACAUUAUAUGUAUAAAUAAAACUAUAAUAUAAAUAAAUAAAUAAAUAAAUAAUAUGCAGUAGACCUAGCUUCACUGCAUCUCUAUGUUGUACUGCGUCGUUGUGAAUUAUGUGUGUACUGAUUAUCGUGCAUAUAUAACGUAUUAGUUAGGCACUUUUAUUAUACGGAAUACAAAUAUUAUUAAUAAAAAAAAUUCGUAA